CAAACUGGUUAUCUGUCAAAGAUUGAUUUGUAGGUUGUGUUUUUAUUUGAAUCAACAAGAAUAAUACUUUUUAUUGCAUUUAUCCAGUAAAGUUGCUGCAUAUAAAUUGCCAUUAUGAUUGAAAUAACUUGCAAUGACCGUUUGGGCAAGAAAGUGAGAGUGAAAUGCAAUCCAGAUGAUACAGUUGGGGAUUUGAAGAAGUUAAUUGCUGCGCAAACUGGUACAAGAUGGGAUAAAAUUGUCUUAAAGAAAUGGUACACAACUUUUAAAGACCACAUCCAAAUUCAAGAUUAUGAAAUUCAUGAUGGAAUGAACAUUGAAUUAUACUACCAGUAAAUAGGCUUAAUUUUUAUAUAUGAAUGUAAUUUUAAUGUAAGUUAAUAAAUGAAACUCAUAAGUAUACAAAUUAAUAAUAUUUAUUACAAACAGAAAAAUAAUUUAUUUAUAAAAUGUAACAUUUUAAUAAAUAUAAGAUUUGUC